GGUGAGCACCGGGUACCGGGCUCCCUGCAUCUGCGGGUGGCGUCCUCACCUCCGGCACCCGCGCUGGGGCGACGGACUGCACUUCCCCAGCGCGUGCACAGGGCCUUCUAGUGCGCAAGGAGUCCUGAGAAAGUGGAACGAACGCGUCAUGAAGGAAGGAAGGAGUGUAGAAGAUGGUAGAACCAGAAGAGAAUGGCUUGGUUGAACUACCAGAUUAUGAACAUGUGGAAGAUGAAACCUUUCCUCCUUUCCCACCUCCAGCCUCACCAGAGAGAGAAGGUGCAGAAGCUGGACCUGAUGAAGAGUCAGGGAGUAGUGCACCUGUUCCUGUACCUCCAAAGAGAAUAGUUAAAAGGAAUCUACCCAAGCUGGAUGCUCAUAGGUUAGUUUCAGAGAGAGGGCUUCCAGCAUUAAGGCAUGUGUUUGAUAAGAUAAAAUUCAAAGGUAAAGGUCAUGAGGCUGAAGACUUGAAGACACUAAUCAGACACAUGGAGCACUGGGCACAUAGACUAUUCCCCAAACUGCAAUUUGAAGAUUUUAUUGACAGAGUUGAAUACCUAGGAAAUAAAAAGGAGGUUCAGACCUGUUUAAAACGAAUUCGACUUGAUCUCCCUAUUUUACAUGAAGAUUUUGUUAGCAAUGAUGCUGAAAUGGAGGAAACCAAUAAUCUUGAUGUAACUGUUGCUGGGUUAGAUCCCUUCUUGGCAAGCCCAUCUGAAAGCGAGAAGUCAGCUUCUCAGUCAAGUAGAAGCUUCACGGAAGAGCAGCAGCAAAGAAUUGAGAGAAAUAAACAACUGGCCUUGGAAAGAAGGCAGGCAAAGUUACUGAGUAAUAGUCAGUCCCUGGAAAAUGACAAGUUAAUGAGCACAUCCAGGGCACAGACAGUUGAAGAGAGAAAUGGUGAGGAUCAAGAGGAAGAGUCAUAUGGAUUAAAUACAGAUGCUGGAGUCGAUCCACAUGAUGCCCCUUCUGCCAGUACUACAAAUGAAGAACAGUUAAAAGCAGAGGAAACACAACUGGACCACUCCUUUCAAAAUGUACAAUAGUAGAGGCAGACGGAACUCUGUGAGUUUGAGGCCAGCCUGGUCUACAUAGCGAGUUCCAGGCCAGCUGGGGCUACAGGGAGACCCUGUCUCAAAAAGACCAAACAAAAACAAAAAAACCCAAAAUGUACAAUAGUGGGGCUGGAAAGAUGGCUUAAUGGUUAAGAGUGCUUACUUCUCUGGCAGAGGGCCCGAGUUCAGUUUCCAUGUUGGGUAUCUUACCAACUGCUUGUAACUACAGUGUCAGGGAUCCAAUGCCUCUGUAUGGCACCUGCACUCAUGUACAGAUAAUUAAGAAUAAAAUAAAAUCCAUAAAAAUAAAUGUAUACUAGUGGACUAGCUGGGGAUACAACUCAGUGCUUGCCUGGCAUGCAGGAAGCCUUGAGUUCAGUCCCCAGUACCACAUAAAACCAGGUUUGUUGGGUACCUGUUAUCCCACCAGUUGGGAGGUGGAGGCAGGAGGAUCAGAAGUUUAAGGUCAUCCUGGGCUUCAUGGUCAGUAUGAGGCCAGCCUUGACCAAUGAGUCCCUGUCUCUAAAUAAAUAUAAUUUUAAAUGUGUGAUAGUAACUUUAUACCUUUUCUAGAAAUGUUACUGAGAUUAGGACUCCACUAACAGAAAAUAUCCUGCAAGUUUGGGAUGAAUUAUCAUUUUGACUACUCUGUAUAAAAUUUAAGUCAAAACCUUUGUAGAUUCCUGUUUAAAAUGUAGUGCCUAUUUAUAAUUGUUAUUUAGGUAUUUAUUUCUGUUUUGUAUAGCUCUUCAUAAAUGAUAAGCUAUUUCUGGUGUGCAUUGAAUUUUUUUUCACUAAAUUUGGUAAUGUUUUAAAAAUGUAAAUAUGCAUUGACUAUUAAGGUCUGUUUUUAUAAAGAAAUAAAGUUAUUUUGCAAA